AUGCUAGGUUCUGUUCACCGGAGGAGCAGAGGAAGAAAUCGGCUUAGGGGAGAUGACUUUGGUGAUAGAGCCAUCAAGGGCAUAUUUCCUAGGCAUGCCCCUCUUCUUCUUAACAGUGGUGAGCUACCUCCUCCUUGCUGUUCACUCCCUCGAUCUAGAUUAAGGACGUGUUUUGGUACUGGUUCGACUUCAACCUCUUUGGCCUUCCAUGAUGGCGUCGAAGAUGUCUGCUACGGAGAAGACAAAGAUAUUCCUGCACGGCUUCGUAACGUUGGAGGUUGUGGGUUUAGACAUGGAAGAUGA